CGAGUGUUGAAAGCGUUCAGACGUAGCAGGCGGAAGAAAAGCUGGCUCAUAAGCGAAACGAAGGUGAAUGCCAAGCCAAGAAGUGUGGCAAAGUAGAAAAUCUGUUAAUUGAGGCGCGUGUGAAAAGUGUGAAAAUCAGCAUACUGACUGAAAAUCAGACGUAAAAGUGAAAAUUAUCUGUUUAAAGUAGAGUGGAGUGGAAACUUCGGUUCUUGCACCGUAACAGGAAAUAAUCAGUGGCCAAAACUAAGAGUCCAAGAAGAGCGUGGAAGAGAAGAACAGUGGACUGAAGUCGAGUCGAUCUCAGACGACCGCUGCUGAAUCUCAAAAACAGAAGCCAAGAAAAAAACAAAGCCAGAGUGAAAAUGAAAGCUGGCCGCGCCUUUGGCUGCCUCUUCUGGGCCCUGCUCUAUUGUGUGCUCUAUUUGGACCUGGUCAGUGGCCAUUCCGCCGACGAUGAGCUGAUGGACUUUGACUUUGCCGACUCCAAGGAUGCUGUGCAGGAGGACUGGCAGUUGGAUGAUUUGGAGGAGGCCCAGCAGGCGGAGCAGGCGGACAAGAAGUUGGAGUCGAAUAUGCUGGACUUUAGCGUGGAUCUGGAUGAGCCGGAACCGGAGAGACAAUUGCCACCAUUCGACUGGCGGGAACGGGUCUUGAGGAACGCCCUGGCCAAGGCCUUGGCGGACGAGGGAUUGCGUCAGAAGUUCGUGGAGGUGAUGCCCAUUCUAAGGGUGCUUUCCUCGCAGCAGCGAUUGGCUUUGUCCGCUCUGAUCUCGGCUCAAAUGAACGCCAAGAAGGGACACGAACUAAAGUUUGAACAGGUUCGCAUGAUGUUUGGCAAUGACAAAAAGCUGCUUCUGCCCAUAGUCUUCGAUAUCGCCAAUCUGAUAAAGAGUUCCACCCGCAAGUAUAUUAAUCUGGAAUCGGACUCGGCAUCAGCUGCACUUUUCCACACCCCCAUCAAUCGUCGUGAAGAUGAUUUGACUGCCGAGGAGUCCCAGCAAGACGACCAAGUGGGCACCAUUGCCGUUAAUGUGGAACCAAAGGGGGUUUCUCCGCGGGAGGAACCCUUUGAAUCCCUAGAGGAUUUCUUCGAUGAGAUGGGAACAGAAGUGCUCGAUCCGCAGAUGAUAAAUGAGGCCCUGACAGGCGAUCUUCAUGGCAACGAAACAAAGCCUGCGAAACCGGAAAACCAUGGUCAAAGAGUUCGACGAUCGGCAAAUGAGUUUGUCCACAAGUUGACUCGAUCUGUGCCCGCUUCUGUGUCUGAACAGCAGCUUUUGGGUGGCAUUGCUGGGCGUACUAUCAAACUGAAUACCACAGCCUUUCAGCAGGCAAUAAGUCAGGAGGCGAAGGAGGAGCAGGUGGCUUCCUCUAAUGAUGACCAGUCCUAUUUGGCGGUAGAGGAUCUUGCUUUUGCUGGUUUGAAUGGCACUGAAAUUCCUCUAAGUGCCGAUGAGAGAUUAGACCUGCAGCGAAACAGCGCCGAGGAUGCAGAGGAACCGCUACCCAGUCCCGAGGAACUCAUUGCCGGACCACGUUACCGGCUGGGAAAAAGACCAUUGCAUGGUCAAAAAUCGGGAUCACCCAUUAAGAGGAAGAGGGUGCAAACAUCUGUGAGGGGAAGACCCAAAACAGCCGCCAGUUCCCACAAGCCCGUGGUGACCGCAUCUCACAAGAAGUGCGAACGAUUCACCAGCAACAUGUGCAUCCGCACCGACGACUAUCCGCUCGAACAGAUCAUGGGCAGCAUUCGAAGACACAAGAAUGCCAUGUCGGCUCUUUUGGCCGAGUUCUACGACAAGCCCAACAAUAAUCUGGAGUUUGGCGACGAAUUCGAUGACUUCAGCCUGAGCAAAAAGAGGCGUGAGGAUGAAGGCAGUGCAGGUGGGAUGUGCCAGAGCGUGGUGCGUUAUGCCCGACCCCAGAAGGCCAAGUCCGCUUCGGGAGAGUGGAAAUACAUUGUGAACACCGGCCAGCACACGCAGACCUUGCGGCUGGAGAAGUGCAGCAAUCCCGGCGAGAGCUGUUCCUACCUGGCGCAGACCUAUCGCUCCCACUGUUCGCAGGUGUACAACUACCACCGAUUGCUCAGUUGGGAUAAGGUUCGGGGUCUUCAUGUGGACAUAUUCAAGGUGCCCACUUGCUGCUCCUGCCAGGUGGAUGGCUAUCGGCAGCAGUUUCCACCACUCUCAUCCAUUCAGGCCAAGGACUAUUCACCCUUGGGCAAUAUGAAUGUCAAUCAGAAUGGUUACAGCACCAUCAACGAGGAGGAUCUUGAUUAUGCCGAUGAGAGUGAGGAGGACGAACUGGGUCUGCGUUAUCCCUCGUUCAACCAUCGGGAAACCAACGAGCUGUACUCCAGCAGCAAUAAGGUGCGAGUGAAGUUGCCUGGCUUGAGUUCCAGUGUGGGUCCCUACCUGAGUCCCCCGGAUGAUGACGAUGAUCGCUAUGGCGGCGGCGCAUUUAAGGUCUCCAGUUCUGGCUCCAAGAAGUAUUACACACAGACGAGCCACCGGCGACCGCAGCAGCAGUCGGAGGCGCGUCUGGACUUGGAUUUGGCACCAAGUGAGACGCAUACGGACCAAGAGGUAAACCUAUUCGCUGCUGGCCCCGCAGAGAAGCCGCGUGUCCCGCUCAAUCGCAAGCGUAUUUAUGCCUCCACCCACACAGCACCCCCCACAUCCGCAACCGCAACCGCAUCCGCAUCCGCAACAUCGUCCGCAGGAGCAGGAGCUGCUGCCGUCCGCCUACGAUUUCCACAGACCACAAGUAGCCUACCAGGCCGAACGGGAACAGCUGCCAUUGGGCCGGAAUUCGGCGGUUUCAGUGGUGCCCUCUCCGGCGGUGCCUCUGCCCCUGCCGCCCAUGCCCAUCAAACAGGUGGUGCAACAGCAUCCCCAACAGCGGCAACACUUCCAACCGGCUACCACCGGCAGCAAGGUGGCAAGUCGCGACCCCGCUUCUAUGCACCACCGCUCACAGCUGCCACGCCCACGACCCACACAGUGGCUGCCGACUCAGCGGCGUCACUUUCGACCGAGCGCACCACCGAUCAGUCGACGGCACUACCACAGCCACCAUCGAAGGCCAACUACCCAGUGAGCUCCAUCUUCCCCAGCGGCGGCGGAAAUGGCGAGGUUUCGGGCAAGCGGAUCAACUAUAACUACCAUCCCAUCAUUGAUUUCUUUGAGAAGAAGAGUUCUACAGUGAAACCUCUGGCCGAGGAAUCUCACAUAGUGGAGCAACGUAUAUACCCGCAGAAUACCCUCACAUCGCAACAGAAAGGCAUGGGCAUGGGCAUAGGCCUGGGCAUGGAGAGCAUCGCUGGAGUGUACCAACAUCCCAUACCGGUGCCCAAAACUCACGAGCGGCGCAUGGGUUUCAGGGCAAAUGGUGGUGCAGGUGGUGCUGUGGGUGGUGGUUCGGCCGGCGGUUUCGCCAGCGAUAACGCCUGGCUGCCCAUGGUUGCGGAGUAGCUUAAGCUUAAGUCGCAUGAUUCCAUCAACCUCAAAUUCCCGCAAUCUAACGUAUUAACGCCGAUGCCCUAGCUCGUAGUCUCUGCCCUUCUCGCCAGGAGCUUAAUCUUGUAGUUUGUCCAAAUGGCUCCUAAUCUCAAGCCCCCCAUAUCCCAUACCCAAUCCACUCUAAUGUUUAACCAACUAUGUUUAUUUAUUUAUUUAUUUUUUAGUGUGUAGCGAGAAAAUAAGAGACGAAUUGGUCAAGA